AUAGAUCUUAAUCCAUAUUUAUUAAUAACAUGAUGUGUCCUUUUGUUUGUGGUCAAUAGAUGAGUUGUUGUUUUAGUUGAUGUUGUUGAGCUCUUACUGAAGCACAAGCCUAGUUAGUAUGUCAUUGAGGAUGAAUUAUAUGAAUAGUUUAUGCAAACUAUUAUACUGCGAUAGGGUUCAGGAGGUUGGAUAAUAUAUAAAAGCUUAGUGUGACAGUGAAACCAAUAUUUACCUUAAAAAUAUAACUACCAUUCACUCCCUUCUCUUCCCUCGUCUCUCGUAACAUCCAGGAUCUGUCCCACAAUAGUGAUUACCACGUCACCAUGGCCCGCUGGACACCCUCCACCCUCUUCUCUCCAUCCUUAGCCGUCGUUAUGGUGACCCUCCUCCUGCUGCUGCAGACCUCCUGGGCCGCCGGCCUGGACCACGCCCCUGACGGCUCCGUCUCCAUGGUUCCCACCAGCCGUAACUGCAGCGAGGCGGAGCCGUGCUCCCGGGGGGUCCUGCUUCCCGUCUGGGAGCCCCGGAACCCGUCCUCGGGGGACAAGGUGGCCCGGGCCACCGUGUACUUCGUGGCGCUGGUCUACAUGUUCCUCGGCGUGUCCAUCGUGGCCGACCGCUUCAUGGCCUCCAUCGAGGUCAUCACCUCGCAGGAGAAGGAGAUCACCAUCAAGAAGCCCAACGGGGAAACCAUGACGACCACCGUGCGGAUCUGGAACGAGACGGUGUCCAACCUCACCCUGAUGGCGCUGGGCUCCUCGGCGCCGGAGAUCCUGCUGUCCGUCAUCGAGGUGAUCGGCCACGGCUUCACGGCGGGGGCCAUGGGCCCAGCCACCAUCGUGGGCUCCGCCGCCUUCAACAUGUUUGUCAUCAUCGGCAUCUGUGUGUACGUGGUUCCGGACGGGGAGACCAGGAAGGUGAAACACCUGCGGGUCUUCUUCGUCACCGCGUCGUGGAGCAUCUUCGCCUACAUCUGGCUGUACCUCAUCCUGGCCGUGAUCUCCCCGGGGGUGGUGCAGGUCUGGGAGGCGCUGCUGACGCUCUUCUUUUUCCCCAUCUGUGUGCUGUUCGCCUGGAUCGCUGACCGCCGCCUGCUCUUCUACAAAUACAUGUACAAACACUACCGGGCGGGCAAGCACCGCGGGAUGAUCAUCGAGACCGAGGGAGACCGCCCUCUGCCCUCCAAGGUGGACAUUGAGAUGGACGGGAAGAUGCUGAACUCUCACGGUGUCGACUUCCUGGACGGUCCUCUGGGUCUGGAGCUGGAUGAGAAGGAUCUGGACGACGAAGAGACCAGGAGAGACAUGGCCAAAAUCCUGAAGGAGUUGAAACAGAAACAUCCUGACAGAGAGGUGGAGCAGCUUAUAGAGCUGGCCAACUAUCAGGUCCUUAGUCAGCAGCAGAAGAGUCGAGCCUUUUACCGUUGCCAGGCAACCAGGCUGAUGACGGGCGCGGGCAACAUCCUGAAGAAGCACGCGGCGGACCAGGCCCGCAAGGCGGUCAGCCUGCAGGAGGUGCGCUCGCUGGCGGGCGACGGCGACCCCGUGACCCGGGUGUUCUUCGAGCCCAGCUCCUACCAGUGUCUGGAGAACUGCGGCACGGUGGCGGUGACACUGGUCCGCCAGGGGGGAGACCCCGACCGGACCCUGACCGUGGACUACCGCACCGAGGACGGCACGGCCAACGCGGGCUCUGACUACGAGUUUACCGAGGGGGUGGUGGUCUUCAAACCCGGCGAGACGCUGAAGGAGGUCCGCGUGGGCAUCAUCGACGACGACAUCUUUGAGGAGGACGAGAGCUUCCUGAUCCACCUGUCCAACCUGAGGGUCCUGGCUCCGGACGGGGAGCAGUCCGAGGGGACCGCCCCCGACCCCUCCGUGGCCUGCCUCGGCCCCGCCUCCACCGCCACCGUCACCAUCUUCGACGACGACCACGCCGGGAUCUUCACCCUGGAGGAGGCGGUGUGCCACGUGAGCGAGAGCGUGGGCACCGUGGAGCUGAAGGUGCUGCGGACCUCUGGGGCGCGGGGCGUGGUCACGCUGCCCUACAAGACCCUGGAGGGGACGGCCCGCGGCGGCGGCGAGGACUUUGAGGACGCCCACGGUGUCCUGGAGUUCAACAACGACGAGAUCUUUAAGAGCAUCAAGGUGCGGAUCAUUGAUGAUGAGGAGUAUGAGAAGAACAAGACCUUCUACCUGGAGAUCGGAGCGCCUCACCUGGUGGGAAACAAAGACUCCAAAGAUAAGGGAGAGGAGGAGGAAGAGGAGGUCCUGGAGGAUGAAGAGCAGCGUCGUGUGGCUGAAAUGGGAAGGCCGAUGUUAGGAGACCACGUCAAGAUGGAGAUCAUCAUCGAGGAAUCAUACGAGUUCAAGAACACGGUAGAUAAGCUGAUCAAGAAGACCAACCUGGCUCUACUGGUGGGGACCAACAGCUGGAGAGACCAGUUCAUAGAGGCCAUCACGGUCAGCGCUGGUGAGGAUGAUGAUGAUGAGGACUGUGGGGAGGAGAAGUUGCCUUCGUGUUUCGACUAUGUGAUGCACUUUCUGACCGUCUUCUGGAAAGUUCUGUUCGCCUUCGUCCCUCCGACAGACUACUGGAACGGCUGGGCCUGCUUCGUGGUGUCCAUCUGCAUGAUCGGCCUGCUCACGGCCUUCAUAGGAGAUCUUGCUUCUCACUUCGGCUGCACAGUUGGACUGAAAGACUCGGUCACCGCUGUGGUCUUUGUGGCCUUAGGAACAUCUGUACCAGACACAUUUGCAAGUAAGGUCGCAGCGAUACAAGACCAGUAUGCAGACGCCUCUAUUGGGAACGUGACGGGCUCUAAUGCUGUCAACGUCUUUCUGGGCAUCGGGGUGGCGUGGUCCAUCGCGGCCAUCUACCAGAACAGCCAGGGCCGCGAGUUCAGGGUGGACCCGGGCCCGCUGGCCUUCUCCGUCACGCUCUUCACCAUCUUCGCCUUCAUCAGCGUGGGCGUGCUGAUGUACCGGCGGCGGCCCGACAUCGGGGGGGAGCUGGGGGGCCCGCGGACCGCCAAGGUUCUGACCACCAUGCUCUUCGUCAGCCUGUGGCUGCUCUACAUCCUGUUCUCCUCUCUGGAGGCCUACUGCCACAUCAAGGGCUUCUGAGGGGGGGCCGGAGACCACUAGGACAGCUCCUCCUCCUCCUCCUCCUCCUCCUCCUCCUCAUGGUCCUCCUCCUCCUCCUCCUCCUCCUCCUCCUCCUCAUGGUCCUCCUCCUCCUCCUCCUCCUCCUCCUCACGGUCCACUCUACUUUCCCCGAGGUCAGAGGGAGGUGUUAUGAAGCCAUGUGAUGGAAGGGAUUUAAACGACUAGGUGAUUAAUUAACAGCCUGUUUUUAAGCCUAUUCCACAGUGAGUUUGGUCUUUAACUCAUUACCCAUUAACCAUUAUCCAAGAACUUACACUUUCCUGAAAAUUUAAAUAAUCCCCAACAUUUAUUUCCACCCUAAUUCUUGCCAUAUCCUUGCAAACAGGUUAUAAAUUAUGUUAUAUGACAGCUUAAAGGUAAUUAGUAAUGUUAUAUGACAGCUUAAGGUAAUUGGUAAUGUUAUAUGACCGGUUAGAGGUCAUAAGUAAUGUUAUAUGACAGAUUAGAGGUUAUAAGGACUAUUUGUGUGUGUUUGUUGUCUGUUCAUCAAAAACACAACACGUUCCAGAAUAUAUGGCCUUAUAUUCGACAAAACAAUGCUGAAUAUUCUAAAGUAUCUAACGUUACACACCAUUUCAUAUCCGAGUGUAUUGUGCAAUAUAAAGCCUAGUGUGUCAACGAUAUUUCAGUUUAUACUGCAUUGCACUAAGAUGAUCCACAGCUCAGCCAUUCCAAUUAACAAUACCGCCACUUAGCACUAAACUAAGGGCCCUUAGCUUCACCACCACACUACAGUUCUAAGGGGUACUAACCCUAACCCCUUACCUUCACCACCACACUACACUGCUAAGGGGUUUACCCUUACCACUUUACUAAGGGCCCUUACCUUCACCACCACACUACAGUGCUAACCACUACACUAAGGGCCCUUACCUUCACCACCACACUACAGUACUAAGGGGUACUAUCCCUAACCCCUUACCUUUACCACCACACUACAGUACUAAGGGGUUUACCCUUACCCUUACCACUACAUUAAGGGGCUAUCCUUACCACUACAGUACUAAGGGUUUAACUCUAACCACUACAGUACUAAGGGGUUAACAUAACCACUUUAGUACUAAGGGUUAACCUAACAACUACCGUACUAAGGGGUUAACUUAACCACUACAGUACUAAGGGGUUCACUCUAACCCAGGUUGCCCUUACCAUUAAGCUAUCCCUGUCAGGUUUGAUGAAAACUUUAAGUGGACCUUAAGAUUGAAAUGUAAAUACAGAGCUUUCCUUACUGCUAUAAUACCUAACCCUCUAACCCUAACCCUCUAACCCUAACCCUCUAACCCUCUAACCCUAACCCUCUUAACCUAACCCUCUAACCCUCUAAACCUAACCCUCUAAACCUAACCCUCUAAACCUAACCCUCUAAACCUAGCCCUCUAGCCCUAACCCUCUAACACUGCCCCUAACCCUUUAACCCUAACCCUCUAACACUUCCCCUAACCCUUUAACCCUCUAACCUUAAACCUAACCCUCUAACCCUGACCCUAAACCUCUAACCCUGACCCUUACCCUCUAACCCUGAAGGUAAUGUUUUUUCUGAACAUGACCUAUGACCACUGUGUGUAGUUUGCUGUCACAAGAUAAGGUCUUAAAUAUAAAUCCAGACAGUGAGUGUGCUUUACCUUUUAAUAAGACCAGGGUUAGAGUAGACCCUAACCUUAGAGACUAUAAGGCCUACUGCUGAUGUACCGCUUCAAACUGUUCUAGAAGAAAGGUGACCCAUUCAUAAAAACAUUGUUUGUGUUUUGGGUUUAGCCAUUUGGAAUGAAUUUAUUGACUGCAUCAAUGAGGUUGUCCCCAGCACGUCAAAGUCUUAUAAUUCCAGGUUAGCCUAUUAGAUAAUAUCAGGUGUGUUAACCCAACAAAACAAUGGUUAGCCCUAAGCUAACCCUACAAUACAAGGGUUAGCCCUACAACAUAAUAUCUAGUGAGCUAACCCUACAAUACAGGGUUAGCCCUGCAACAUAAUAUCUAGUGAGCUAACCCUACAAUACAGGGUUAGCCCUGCAACAUAAUAUCUAGUGAGCAAAAACCUACUGCUGGCCCAACUACUGGUUCAAACGGCCCUUCGGUUUUCUGAAAGAUGCUCCCUUAUUUCUACUGUACAUUUAUAAUGAUGGAUUAAUUCCAUCAAACAAAUAUACACGACAGAGGUAAGAAUACCAUUAUCAAAGGCCGACUAGACUGUUUAGGGGUGAGGAGGAUUUGGAUGGAUGGAGGAGGGUUUGGGGACACUCCCAGCUUUAAAAGCUUUCUAAAUAUUGCUUUCCAGUUGCCAUGGGGACAGUUAUGUAUAAGUACCCCCCUGCUGUCAUGCUCUUUUUAUUUACGUGUGAUAUAAAAGUCAUUUAAUGAUUGCUAUGUGUAGUUGUAUAUGUAGGUGUAACUAAACUAAGAUAUGAACGUACAAAGGUCUACCUCUAGUUUGAGGUAAUAUUUGAGCAAUGCCCUACGCAUCUCCUGAGAACUCAUCUUUGUUUUACUCUGGUUUUCUCUGAGCAAUUCUUAUGCUUAUUAUUAAGAGGGGUCACAUAAUACUACCCCUCACCUAGGGGUAGGACUUAAGGACAGAGCUUAAGGACUGGGUCACCGAGUCUAAGUUGACUAAGGAGUCUAAGUUGACUAAGGGGUCUAAGUUGAAUAAGGAGUCUAAGUUGAAUAAGGAGUCUAAGUUGAAUAAGGAGUCUAAGUGGACUAAGGAGUCUAAGUUGACUAAGGAGUCUAAGUUGAAUAAGGAGUCUAAGUGGACUAAGGAGUCUAAGUGGACUAAGGGGUCUAAGUGGACUAAGGGGUCUAAGUGGUAUAAGGAGUCUUACCUGCUUCACAAUCAGUGGACAGCCCUAGGGCCGUUGAUAGGGAUGUAGUGUUCUAUGUGUUUUAAAUUAUGUAGUAUUUUUUGGCAAAUACUACCGACAACUUCUGGUAUAUAUGUGAAUAUUAGGAAUAUUUCCAGCCAAUACUUUGUUAUUCAAAAAGUGACCGCAAUAUAGCUAGCAUUGUGUUCUGUAACUCUUAAUAGGUGUAGAGAGAUGGGUCUGUUGUGCAUGACGUGGGUAAGAUACACAGAUCAACCAUAACCCUUCAACCCUAGCAGCGCAACCCUACUGACUGGAUGCUUUCUGUUCGGUGUGUCAACUCUUUGGCUUUUAAUCAGAGUAGUGGACUUCAUCUCAAUGCCUUGGAGUGGCAGUUUACCCCUGUUUUGCCAAAGGGAAAUCUUUCUAUCAGAAAAGUUCAUGUUUUCAACCAGACAUCCAUCGGUUUUUCUACCCAAGACACCUUUCUUAGAAUUAAUUAUUAAUCAUUUUUCACUGUUUUUCUACCGAGACACAUGAGAUGAUCAGCAUAGUAGGGAAAUGUCUUAAAGAAUGCAAUUUCACUUUACAGCAAUAAUGAAAUUGUUAAAAGAUGAAAUGCACUUAGUCAUUUCAAUUACACAAUGAAGACAUCUAGCAUUGCAAGAUGUGAAUCCCUUCAAAUUUGGUGAAACAAAAUCUGUAAAUAAAUCAAGUUUGACAGCUGCAAUGUAACCAUUUUGAUGAGAAAACUAAAAUUAAAUAUUAAUGCAGUGCCCAAUUUAUCUUGUGAAUUAACCAAAAACUGUAAAAAAAAAAAAAAAAGGUUUGAAAUGCGAAAGAUUUAACACCAGGGUUGAGGUUGCAGCAAUUUCACAUUUGCACAAGUUAGGAAUUAGCUUCGUAGUGUUCUUCAGCUUUCAGAGUAAGAGUUCAUCUAGGAGUUGUUUCAGAGUUAAGGGUAAGUGUGAGUCUUGGAGAUGUUUUAGAGUUAUGGUUAAGAGAUAGUCUUGGGUGUUUCCAGACUUAAGGGUAAGUUAUUCUUGGAGGUGUUUUAGAGUUAAGGUUAAGAGUUAGUCGUCGGUGUGUUUCAGACUUAAGUGUAAUAGUUAGUCGUCGGUGUGUUGCAGCGUUAAGGUUUAGAGUUAUUGUUGGAGGUACGAGUAGUCGACAAACUGGGAUUUCUGUACUGAAGAUACGAUAUAACAGAGCGAAAAAGAUUCAGGAAUUCUCUCUGGAGAUGACUCGGUGUAAAAUAGCUGUUGGGUCUGAAGCAUGGGGAAUCAUCCCUUCGAAUGAUCAGUACAAACUAAAGAUCCUGUGGGUACGAUUCAAGAGCUCAUGGAUAGUUCCCUUUAAGAAAUGCCCGCUGUCAGUUAUCAGUGAGAGAAAUGCACUGUGAGACCAUUUAGGACCAUUGAACUAUCUGGGUGUCUCUUCCCUGAUUUAAGGGGGGGGGGGGGGGGGGGCAUUGUUUUGGCUAAUUUAGUUCCUAAUGUUGCAAAUCCUUCUCUCUUCUGUAGUUUUCUGCGCUCUCUCUUUACAGCUCCCCAAUCUUACGUACAUGAGGUGAAGAGGGGACGAUAAAGAGGAGGUGAAUAAUCAGAGCGAAUAGGGUUAAGCACUUAUAGCCGUACAUUCAUAUCUGGUCAGGGAGUUUGAAAACGAUGUCUCUCGUACAACACGUCUGUUGCCAUUUGUGUUUGUAGUUCUCCCUUCAAUCUCUGAUUCUCUAUUGUCUUGUAAUACCUAACCCAGAGUUACUAAUGACAGAGAUACAGUUUCUAAUAGAUACAAACAGAGAUACGAUUACUAAUAGAUACAAACAGAUACGGUUACUAAUGGAUAAAUUCACAGAGAUAAAGUUACUAAUGGAUACAAGUAGAGAUACAAUUACUAAUGGAUACAAACAGAGAUAAGGUUACUAAUAGAUACAAACACAGAGAUACAGUUACUAGUAUAUACUAGAGUUACUCAUUGAUAUAGAGUAACAAAUGGAUAUAGAGCUACUAAUGGAUAUAGUUACUAAUUGAUAUAGCGUUAGUAAUUGAUACACUGUACAGAGUAACUAAUGGAUAUAGAGUUACUAAUUGAUAUAGUCACUAAUUGAUCUAUAGUUACUAAUUGAUAGAGAGUUACUCAUUGAUAUAGAGUUACUAAUGGAUAUAGUGUUACUAAUGUAUACACUGUACAGAGUAACUAAUGGAUAUAGAGUUACUAAUUGAUAUAUAGUUACUAAUUGAUAUAGAGUUACUAAUUGAUAUAGAGUGACUAAUUGAUAUAGUUACUUAUUGAUAAUGGGGUUCUAAUUGAUAGAGUAACAAAUGGAUACAUACACACCGAAAGAGUAACUGACACAAGUCUCUGUCUCUAAUUUCUCUUCAUAAAUGUUAAUGUUUAUGUCUUGCUGACUGCAUGGAUGAUCAAAUGUCUGUACAUAGCUAUAGCACUGUAUCUCUGUCCCUGGUUGAUAAACAUUGUCCCAAUGAUUUAUUCAUACAAUCUGAUCUCCUGGUUUUUAUGUUGACACUGUCAUAAUGAAGAUAUGUUUUUUUAAUAUUGCACAUUAUUAAUCAAUAGAAUUUAAGAUAAAAGGCAAUCUGCUGAUAAAUAUAAUAAUAUAAAAACGAUGCUUACUAACUCAAGUGUUUUAACUCAUAUGUUUGGAAUGAUGUAUUUUAAAAUAAAUGCUCUAUGUGGGAGAUGCAUGGGUUCUAUGUACCAAAUACCAUACUGCUUGCUACUUUCAAUCCCCUGGCUGAAAGGGGAAUGUAAAAGUCCUAUUAGCCUAGCCCUAUUCAGGGCUACCUACCUGUGUAUGCCCCUGUGUAUACUGUACAUAUCCACCUCAUACAGGGCUAUAUACAGGAUCUACACAUAUAUCCAGUGGGCCUGUUGCAGAGGACAUGACUCUACAUGACAUUAUUUUUGAAUGAUAAAAUCACAUAUAUUGCCUUUUUGAAGAAACUCAAGUUGUUUUCCUCUUUGCUGAGAUUUAUUUUAUACGAUGCAUAUUUUUUACAACUGAAAUGCUCCGAUAUUCUUUCUUCUCCUCUCAUCUCCUUCCAUCUCGUUGUGCUCCAUGUAAUCCUGGCUUCUCCCUGUCUCUAGGAUAGGGAGUAGGGAGAACUGUGAAUAUAGUAAUAUAUAAUGUCCUGUUAUAAGACUAUUAUAUGCUGCCACACCUCUGUUCCGUCACUCACAGACUUGGAGCUGUCAGAUGUUGCUUCUAUCAAGCCCUUACGGUCUGGAUGAGGUCAUUUGUUUGUAUAUGUUGUCAUGGUCCUCGUGUGCAGGUGUAGGUCACCCUUCCAUUUAUUUGUUGCACAUUGCCGAACAGGAACAAGACUGUUGUCUAUGUGUACUGGUGGUAACAAGGUCCUUCUAACGCUGGCAAUACAAUAAAGUUUGGGAUACGUACUGAA